AUGGGUGCGAGUUCAAGGAAGCCCCUCCGACAAUCCCUACACACGCGGCGCGAGGGUCAACGCCCUGGCGCCCACGUGCUAGUCACCGACGCCACCACCCUCAGUCUGGCAUGCGCCAGACACUGGCAACGGAGGACAACAGUCACCUCCCCAGUACGCAGAGAGCGCAGUCCUCUUCCACACAACCGCUCUCCGGAACACACGUCAUGCGCUCUUCCGGGCCCACCCCUCGCCCUCCUACCCCCUCUCCCAGGAUCGGGCUCGGCGCCGACGCGCAGCCAGUGGCAGACUGAAAUUCAGAAUGCAGUGAUGACCCGCGGAGCCCCGCGUAAAGAGGCCGUCUUUUGGGUUAUCCCCAGAACGCACUUUUUUUUCUUCUAUUUGUUCAGUCAGACGAGAAAGGUCCAUUGA